UGACGUCUCAGUUUUACCUGACUUUACUCAGUACUGUGAAAGCAGCAUUCACCUCAGCCCGCCACAGACUGACCUGAGCCGCGCAUGCGCCUUAGCAGCGAAGCCCCCGUGAACGCACCACCGAGGAUCCGGUGAUUACAGCAACACCGGAGAGGAUGAUGCUGCGGAGAAGUGUGAAGAGAUAAGCCGGAAGCUACCGGAGCCGGUGUGACCGGAUGAGCUGCAGUUACCGGACAGUGGAGCUGCUGGAGCCGUGAAGCCGUGAACCGGAGCCUUGUGUCGCUGCUGUUCAGCCGGCUGAGACUCCAGAGAGGCUGGACGAACUCCUGGACGAACUCCUGGACGAACUCCCGGAGCUGUCCCAGUUCAUGCCGAUAAGGAGAGGAAGUCGACAUGCCUCCAAAACCAUUCAGUAGGAAGGAGCGAAGGAAACUGUACACCUCCCUGGCAGGAGAGCUGGUGAUCAUGGCCGGGACCGUCAUGCUGGCCUACUACUUCGAGUACACCGACACCUUCAGCGUGCACGUGCAGGGCUUUUUCUGCUACGACACCACGUACACCAAACCUUACCUGGGACCGGAGGACAGCAGCGCCGUCCCGCCCGUCCUGCUGUACGCCCUGGUGGCCGGGCUGCCCACGCUGCUGAUCACAAUAACAGAGACGGUGCUGUUCCUGGUCCAGUACACGUCCAAAGAGUUCGACCGCUCAGAGAAGACGGUGGCCACGGGGGACUGCUGUUACCUCAACCCGCUGGUGCGCAGGACCUUCCGCUUCCUCGGAGUCUACACCUUUGGCCUCUUCACCGUUGACAUCUUUGUCAAUGCGGGCCAGGUGGUGACAGGGAACCUGGCCCCCUACUUCCUGACGGUGUGUAAGCCUAACUACACGGCGCUGGGCUGCCUGCAGGCCCUGCGCUACAUCAGCCACCAGGAGGCCUGCACGGGAAACCAGGACGACAUCCUGCGCGCCCGCAAGACCUUCCCGUCCAAGGAGGCUGCGCUCAGCGUCUACGCUGCUCUCUACCUGGGCAUGUAUGUGACGUGCACGGUGCAGGCGAAAGGCACUCGUCUGGCCAAGCCGGUGCUGUCUCUGGGGCUCAUGUGUCUGGCCUUCCUCACCGGCCUGAACCGCGUGGCUGAAUACCGCAACCACUGGUCGGACGUCAUCGCCGGCUUCAUCAUCGGCACCGCCAUCGCCACUUUCCUGGUGGUGUGUGUGGUCCAUAACUUCAAAGGCAAGUUGCUGCUGAGCGAGGAGUCACCAGCGGAGCAGCGGCCCAACACAGCCAUGCUGAACAUGGGCCGGAUGGAGAGUCCUCUGGAGAAGUACAUCGCCUCACAGGUCAGCACAGCACGGCAGCACAACACACCUGUAUGAAGUCGGAUCACCUUUUAAUGCCCGAUUACUGUCUGUCUUUCUGUCUGUCUGUCGGUAUGAAGCAAACUCAUACUGCACAUGAGCUUUAGACGAAUAUGGCUUCUAAUGGUUUGAGGACGACGGUCGCUGAUAGCCAUACUAGUCAGUCAGUUUAAAAGUUCACAAUUUUCAUGCAAAAACAAACAGCUAUGUUUCCUGACGCGUGUUGCACUCAUUGAAAGCCAUUUCUCCGGUUGGAACUCAGCCAAUCGGAGCUGUUUAGACGUCGAGAGGUCGUAUUCCUGUGCCAGAGCGUUCAUGUGAAAAUAGAGACAAGUGGGGAUGAGAUUGAUGCGGUACUGUACAUGUUUUUGCAAGUCAACUUACAGAACUACGGAUUCCUAUUGCAUGUUCAGACAGAAUGCAAAGCAGAUUUUGGAGGCGGUGCGAUUGCAUACGAAGUCAAUGGAAAGAUAUGAUUUAAUGUGCAGCACUAGUGGAUUGAAACCACAGUUUCUGGUGAGUUUGAGAGGUUUCAGAGGUGGAUCUGAGCACAAACACACAGACACACUCGGCAAACUACAAACACAGUCAGGGCGUCCGUUGCUAGCUAGCUUACAGAGAAUGUGCAGUUGGUACGUUGGCUGUUUGAGGCAAAUAAACACAAACAGUCCAGCAGUCAAAUAUAUGCAACUGAUGGAAGGCGAUAAAUGGCCUGAAAUGUCCUUAAAUUUGUAUACUUACUUUUGAUGGCAAUCAUUUAGUUAACUCCUCCUAGCAACUGGUACCACAGUUUCUGUGUCCACUAUGACAUAGACUGGCCAGAUAUAUCUAACACCUAAAGCCCGGGACACACCAGGAACGUCAGGAUCGCGUGGCGGCUGCGUGAUUCACGUGUCGGGUGUUCACAUCAGCUGCUUGUCUGCUGCGUUGUUGCUGCUGUCAGCCCUUUCUUUCUACAUACAGUUUGCCUUUUAAUGGCCAUUUCAUUUCAUUAGACAGAGAAAGGUUAAGAAACGUGUGGAAAUUUGUAAAUAAUAGUAAUAAU